AUGCAGGGCUCGGAGACGGACACGAAGGCCAAGCGCUAUGACCGCCAAGUGCGCGUCUGGGGCGAACAGGGCCAGGCAGCGCUGGAGUCGGCGCGGGUCUGCCUCCUCAAUGCUUCUGCUACAGGAUGCGAGGCGCUGAAGAACCUCGUCCUCGGCGGCAUCAAGGCGUUCACGAUCCUCGACGGCGCCGCCGUCACCGAGCGCGACCUCGGCUCCAACUUCAUGAUGCACCGCGCGCACCUCGGCCGCUCCCGCGCCGCCUGCGCCACCGAGCUCCUGCGCGUCCUGAACGACGCCGUCAAGGCGCAGUACGUCGAGGACCACGCCGACAGGGUCAUCGCGUCGAAGCCCGAGUUCUUCGCGGACUUCACGCUCGUCAUCGCCUCGAACCUCACGCGCACGUCCGCCCUGGCGCUCGACGCCAUCUGCCGGCCCCGGGGGGUCUCCGUGAUCUACGCCCGCACCUGCGGACUCUUCGGGUCCGUCCGGCUCUCCUUCGAGGAGCACCGCGUCCUCGAAACGCGCCCCGAGGUCCCGCAGGCGGACCUGCGCUUGGACGCGCCGUGGCCCGAGCUGCAGCAGCACGCCCUGUCGUACGACAUGGAGGCGCUGGAGGACAUCCAGCACAAGCACGUGCCGUGGGCGUGUGUGCUGCUGCAGGCCGCCGCCUCCUGGCGCGCGGCGCACGGCGGAGCGCUGCCGGCGAACCGCGAGGAGCAGCGGGCGUUCAAGGACGGCGUGAAGCGCAUGGAGCGGGUGGUGGGGGGGGUGUUGCUGGGAGAAGAAAACAUCGCCGAGGCGGUGAGCAAGGCGCAGCUGGUGUGGGCGCCGCGCGGAGGCAGGCCCGAAGACUCCGCGGCGCGCGUGCUGGAGGACCCGUGCGCGACGGACCUGAAACGGGACGCGGCGGCAUUCUGGGUGAUGGUCGCCGCCCUGCGCCGCUUCGUUCAGACCUCGGGCGGCUAUCUGCCGCUGGAAGGCUCGAUUCCGGACAUGACGGCGACCACUGAGAACUAUCUGGCGCUGCAGAGAGUGUACAGGGCCAAGGCUGAGCAGGACGUCGCGGAGAUGGCCAAGCUCGUUGCCGCCGUGCUCUUCGAGCUCGGCCGCGACGCCAACGAGAUCCCACGCGACCGCAUCGCACACUUCUGCAAGCACUGCCGCUGCAUGACCGUCACCCGCACGCCGUCCCUGGCCUCCGAGCUGUGCGUCGGCGACGCCCCGGCCCCCUCGUCCAGCCUGCGCGAGCGCCUGCGCAGCGACCUGUCCUCCGGCCCGGAGGCCGCGCACGCCGCCUCGGUGUACGUCGCCCUGCGCGCCAGCGACAAGUUUCACGCGGCGUACGGGCACUACCCCGGGGCGCUCCCGCCGACGAACACGGCCACGGACGAAGAGACGUCGUCGCUGAAGCAGAUGUGCGCGGCCGUGCUGGCGGAGAUGGGCAUCACGGGCGGCGUGGCGGUGCCUGACGACGUGGUGGUCGAAACAGUGCGGUUCGGGGCCGGGGAGCCGCACACCGUCGCGGCGCUGGUCGGCGGCAUCGCGGCGCAGGAGGCGAUCAAGGUGCUCACGUCGCAGUUCGUGCCCGUCGACGGCGUCGUCGUUUACAGCGGGGUGACCAACACGGCAGCACACAUCCCCCUGUGA